GUCUUCAAGUUGUAUCUAAUACUGUCGUUAAUUGUCGUUUUACGCUUUGAAAUGCAGUGUUAUUUCAGAUUUUGGAAUCCCGCGGCGGUUACAGGAAGUGCAAACUUUGAACCCGGAAAUAAAUGAGGUCACGACGCAUCUGCAUCCGGGUCACGAAGGGUUCGCCGAAGAUAUGUCUAUUUGAGUCAUUAAAAAAAGGACAGUCUUUGAAAAUAACGCAAGUUCCAGACGGCAGGAUGUCGGACGACGAAGACUCGGCACCGGUCCCGAAGAAAAGUCGGGUCUUCUAUGGGAGCCUGGAAGAAAAAGAACGCGAGCGUCUGAAUGCCGACCCCGCCACAACAAACGAUGGCGUCAAGGCGGGAAUCGAGGCAGGAAACAUCAACGUCUCGUCCGGCGCCACGCUGGAGCUAGAGGAGCACAUCAACCGGAGGCAACAGGAAGCGCUGGCUGAGUUCGAGAGGAGGAAGCGAGCGCGGCAGAUCACAGUUUCCACAGACGACACUGAAGUCAAGGCCGGGCUGCGAGCGCUUGGGGAGCCCAUCACUUUGUUUGGGGAGGGGCCGGCGGAUCGGCGGGAGAGGCUGCGUGGCGUUCUGUCGGUGGUGGGUCCAGAUGCGCUGAAGAAGUCUAGGAGAGAUGAAGAAAGAGUCAAGCGAUCCCAAGAAGAUUGUAAUCAGACCUGGUACCACGAAGGCCCCGCCUCUCUCAAGGAUGCCCGUCUCUGGUUAGCCCGUUACUCUCUGCCCAGGUCCAUGAAGCGUCUGGAGGCGGCGCGGGCUCAAAAGGAAAUCUGCGAAGCCACCAGGACCAUCCGCCAGCAGGAGCUAAACAAAAGCCUGAGGAACUUGAACAACUUCUGCAGUCAGAUCGGCGACGACCGGCCCAUCAGCUUCUGCCACUUCAGCCCCGACUCCAAAAUGCUGGCGACCGCCUCCUGGAGCGGUUUGUGCAAGCUCUGGUCCGUUCCCGACUGCAACCUGAUUCGCACAUUGAGAGGUCACAACACCAAUGUGGGAGCGGUGGUCUUUCGCCCACGGGCCGGUGUGUCCCUCGACCCCUCGGACGUCAGUCUGGCCUCGUGCGCCGCCGACGGCUCGGUCAAACUGUGGAACCUGCUGAGCGACGAACCGGUAGCGAGCAUCGAUGAUCACAGCGAGCGGGUUUCUCGAGUCUGCUGGCAUCCGUCCGGAAGGUUUCUGGGAUCCACCUGCUACGAUCAUUCGUGGCGCCUAUGGGACAUGGAGGUCCAGGAGGAAAUCCUCCAUCAAGAAGGGCACAGUAAAGGUGUUCACGACCUCCAUUUUCAUCCGGACGGCUCGCUGGCCGCCACAGGCGGAUUAGAUGCUUUUGGACGAGUUUGGGAUCUGCGCACAGGACGUUGCGUGGUCUUCCUGGAAGGUCACUUGAAGGAAAUCUACAGCGUCCACUUCUCUCCAAACGGCUACCACCUGGCGACAGGAAGUGGAGACAACACCUGCAAAGUUUGGGAGCUGAGAAACAGGAAGUGCCUCUACACAAUCCCCGCCCACCAUAACCUGUGUUCGGGCGUCAGGUUCCAACCCACAGACGGCCAAUUCCUGUUGACGGGCGCGUACGACAACAUGGCCAAGGUUUGGAGUCACCCCGGCUGGAUGCCGCUCAAGACGCUGGCUGGCCACGAGGGGAAGGUGAUGGGCGUGGACGUGUCGCCCGACGCCAAACUCAUCGCCACGUGCUCCUACGACAGAACCUUUAAGCUUUGGGUGUCCGAAUAACGGGCAGCACCCCCUCAAGUUUCUUUUUUUGUACUGAAUUAAACUGGCUUUCUCAUACUUUGUGUAUCACAUUUAUAUUAACUGGUAUAGCUGUAACGAUUACUCGAAUAAUUCGAGUAAACGAUUUUGAAAAUUGAUCAAGGAAUUUUCACAUCUGAGAUGCAAUUGUUGGCUGUUUUCAACAGUGUACAUCUGAAAGAGAUUGUCUAAAAAUGGUUUAAUAUUAGCUGAAAUGUCGUGUUGUACCGUAUUGGCCCGAAUAUAAUACGGCCCUGAUUAUAAGACGACCCCCUCUUUUUCAAGACUCAAAUUUGGAAAAAAAUACUUUUUGAACACCAAAUUAUUUUUAUACAGAAAAUAAUUACAGUACAUCCGAAACAAAUGAUUAUAACAAUGUUAAAGAGUAGAAGCAUGUUAUUUUGCCUUAUUCAAAUCUUAAUAUCUGAACAUUUAAUUAUGUAAACUAAAGCGCAAUCACAUUCGUAAAUGAAUGGCCUCUGGUUUUUUAAAUGUAAAUAAACCAAUCUGUUGUGAUAAAACAACAAAAUUGCAAUACCUGCAUUAACCAUCAAAGUGAAGUCUAACUGUAGUCUUGAAACAAAUCUGAAUAAGGAAAAACAUUGCAAUAGAAUAAUGCAAACUGGUUAAACUAAAAAGAGUAGCUGAGAUCUGUGAUGACCGAACAUCGCCUCAAUAUCUGGCGCCAUCUAGCGUCGUGAAUGAGGAGAGUAGCUGAGAUCUAUUAUGACAGAACAUCGCUUCAAGGAUAUCUGGCGCCAUCUUUCGUCGUGAAUGGGUAUAAUGUCUAGACUGCGAAUAUGACGACCCCCUCUUUUUCAGUGAUAUUUCAAUGAGAAAAAACAAGUCUUAUAUUCGAGCCAUUACGGUAAUUGCUCUUCAUCUUAAAAAGUGUUAUAAUUGAUUACCUAAAUAUUCGAUAGCUGCAGCCCUAGUUCAUCUCCCCCCCCACACACACACACCAGGGGGUGCUUGAGCACCCACCUUCCAGCGGUACUGCACUUGUCGCACUUUCAUUCGUCCAGGUCCUUUAAUGGCACCCAAUGAGGUAAAAACAUCCUUCCUCCAGCCAAGACGCACCCUCCUACCAAUUAGUUUAUCACAAGUAGACGUCCAAUCCAUUUGAAGUGGGGGAACUGCUGACCCACCUUCUUCAAAUUGACUGGACGUCUGACAUCGUCAAAAGUAAAUGAGGGAAAAAAUGUUAUUUGUUCUUUUCCUGGUCUAAACACAGUAUGCCCUCCCAUCAUAGACUGAGUUUGACUUUUGGGGGGGGGCACGACAUGUUGAAGACCUCGAAACGCAGUGUCAGCAAUAAAAUUAACUUACAAGAAUAUUCAUAAUAAUAAGUUGACAAUGAGCGUUUUUUGUUUCCCAUCAAGGCUGCGAAGGCAAUACUUUUCACCAAGAUCGCCAUCCAUUGAAUAUGGCACACCCGUUGGUGUCGUGCCAAUGUAGUUACCCCAGUCAAAAAUUGUAUCCCCUGGGUGGAGCCAUAUGGAGGUCGAUUUGUGUCUUAAUUAUUCAAUCCAAAAAAAAAGUUGCUUCAAUCAAAAUGUAUAUUUUCAACCCAAAAAAGUCGCUUUAAUAAAAAAAAAAAAAAAAAGUGAAUGCAAAAAAAAAUGCAUGUGAAAGCUAUUUUUCUUUGAUUAUUUUUUUUAAUUGAAGCAAUGUUGAUUUGUGUUUGGGCCACAUUUUGGCUAGGACGUUUUUGUCUUUAUUUUUAAAUCAAAAAAAUAUUUUCAAAAAGAAACAUCAAUAAAAGAAAAAUGUCAAUCAUAGAAAAUGUUUUAUAAUACGAAAAAAUAUUUGAGAUUGAAAAAUUUGCAUUUGAACUUGGGCUGUCAAAAUUAACGCGUUAACGCGCGGUAAUUUUUUAAAUUAAUCACGUCAAAUUAUUUGACGCAAUUAACGCACAUGUCCCAUUCAGACAGUAUUCUGCCUUUUGGUAAGAUUUACAGCAAGGCUUUUUAUGCUGUCUAACAGCGAACUCUUGUGGUCGCUUUGCGACAUGGUUUAAUUUUGUCUUGCCAGUUCUACAUGGCUGCACGACGUCUCUGUCGUGCUUAUAUGAUCCUUGGACAAGAUUUGUCCGUAAGUAUGGUUGUUGUAAAGAAUGUACAUAUUAUGUUAAUAACCGAAAUGGUAUAUUUUUUGUAUGAGCCGCUUUUUGUGUAUGUUUACUUAACCUGUAUAGCGUGCUAAGCUAACAUUGUU